CGCAUUUCUUUCUAUAGAACCUUAUGAAUAAUUAAAUUUCUUUUGUAAAGUUUAAGAGUAAUUAUUUACAGGGGGCAUACGAAAUAUAAAAUUGAACCUUUAAAAUGACAAUUUCUUACUUUUUUAGAUGUUUAUAUUUAAUCAAUGAGCAAUUUUCUUAAAUUAUUAAAACUUUCUAGAGCCAUAACAAUACAGCCGCAGAUCUAUUCCAAUACUUAGUUUUUCUUGGCUUAUCACGCGGUGAGCAAUGCGGUGGUUACUUUUGCUAUUUUUCGGCACUUUAGCCAUAGCCGAAAAUGUCCACAAAGUUUCUUCCAGUGAUUCAUAUUUGGAUGCCUAUCAGGAGACUAAAACUAAUGCCAAGGUAACCAAAGCACAAAAAAAGAGCGAUGGAGUAUAUCCAGUUUAUUCCGGAAACGCUCAGUAUUUUGGACCAUCUGAUUCGUUUCAACCUAAUUAUGGACCUCUGCCAAGUAGUUAUGGAUCUCCUUCAAACCAUUAUGGACCACCUAUUGAUAAUUAUGGACCAUCUAUUGAUAAUUAUGGACCGCCAAGUCCACAGUAUGGACCUCCGGUACCUAAUUAUGGACCAGGUCCUGCCUAUGGGUCUUUUGCUGAACCGGCUCCUCAAUAUGGCCCACCAAUCUACGGUCCACCAGCCCAAAACUUACAAGUAUUUUAUGGUGUGCCUCAUGCUAUGAUUAGCAUCUGGGAUAAGCUCUGGGAAAAGAUUAAGUGGAAACUAGACCUAUUAACCAUCGGCAAAAUUAUUUUAAAAUUAAUUAUUUUCAAGAAGAUUGUUAACUUUAUUGCCAUUAUCUUUUUGCUUCUGUUUAUUCCUUCUCUUAAGCACAAGAAGGGAUUCUUCAGUACCGAGAAUGAUGAGGCAGAAAGGGGAAUUCAAAAUACUGGAAAUGUAAUAGAUGAAAGACUACAAAAUAUAGCAUCGUUUGUAAGCCAAUCUAUUGAAAAGUACUCGACACUAGAAAGCCAGGAUGCUGAUUGUAGUACUGUUUACUGUAGAAUCCAAAGAGAUCUCAAGAAUAUUAAAAAUGAAACUACAUAUAACAGGUUAGUCGAGCUUUAUGCAAGAGAUUUUGAGAGCAGCCAAAAGAAAAGUGCCAAAGUUUGAUGCAAACAAACUUCUUGUAGUUUUAAAUUUAUUUAUUUUAUUAGGAUUAGAUAUUAAAUUAUUAAAGGAAAGACAGGCUGUACAGAAUAAAUAGAGUUAUUAUGAUUUAAAAUCCAAGGGGAUGUUUUGCGAAAUAAAUAAAUAAAAAAUGUA